AUGACACUUAAAAAUUCGCUGCAGUGGCUACUUCUUCUCAUCACCAAGCACCCCCAUGUCCAACUUAAGAAAGAGUACGGUCGUUUUUGGCAAUAUUUGGGGCUGCAUCAUGAUGAGUGCUACUGGGAGGAUCCUGAAAGGUUUAACCAAGACCGAUUCUUGGACAGUGAUUGGCAGCUGGACAUCAACAAAGACUCGUACUUUCCGUUUGGUCUUGGAAAAAGGCGAUGUCCAGGUGAAGGAUUUGCUAAGAAGGUGAUGUUUCUUUUUAUUACCGUCAUAUACCAACGUUACGGAUUUGAAGCAGCGGAUGGCGAAACGCUUCCUGACGUCGCUGAUGGCGUGAUUUACGCCGGAGUUCACAAUUCACCUCCAUACAAACUCACAAUAGUGCCACGAUAA